AUGAUCUUUCUUUUUGUCUAUAGCUCACUCUCUUUUUUAUGUGGGCCGAGCGGAGUAAAUAUAACUGAUAAUAUGAUUGAUGACGGAUACUGUGAUUGUCCAGAACUGAACGAUGAACCCACAACUGGCGGUUGUUCAACUUCGAAUAACAAAAAUUAUUUUGAGUGCAAAAAUCAUGGUGUUAGUCUGCAGAAGAUUCACUACAAUCGAGUGAAUGACAAGGUAUGUGAUUGUGAUGACGGAACGGACGAGAGGUAUGGCUUUUGUGACGAUAUAGUAAAAACUAAAGUUAAAGAAAAUCUCCAUAAACUUCAAGAGAAACGGGAAAAGAAAAGUUUAAUCUCAAACGAGAGAGACACUAUGACUCGAAGAGGUGUCGAGAUUGUUGAAAAAGUGAUUCAAUUGGGAUAUAAGGCCUCUGACGAAAUUGAAAAGAUGAGGCAAACAGAACAAGUUCUUGAAAAUGAGAGAAAGGCACGACUUGUUGAGAUUUUUGAGGAGGAAAGAGCGGAUGGGACACUUACACAACAACGAGAAAAGCAAAUAGAAGAAGCAAAAAACUAUUUUGUGAGUGAGGUUAUCCCGUUUGGAUUGAAAGAAGAUGUUAUAUUAUGGUUUAAAAAAUACGACUUUCUGAAUGUUCUAUCUGACAGCAAUCCCGAAGGCAUCAACGACAAGACCUAUUGUUUGAUACGUCAAAAAUUAUCACAGAUCCGAUCUUUUAUUUCAGACAACGAUCGGGCCUUUGCGAGGAACUUUGCUUUCCAAUCAGCGAAGAAUGAAAACCAUUUUUGUGUUCUUGGGUAUUACGAACAGUGUUACACAUACUCUACUUACAAAAUGUGUAUUGGAGAGAAUAUAACAAACUCUGGAAAGGUCAUUGGACUAUUUCGAGGGGCUGCGGGAAAGAACGACUUAUACACUUAUUCACAAGGAGAUGUCGUCACACAAACUGUCGUUGUGUCCAAAUGCGGAGAGAAAAACGGAAUUCAUAAUGUGAAAUCGACGGAACAGGGAAAGGAAUUGAUGUUGGUGACACCAUGUGCUUGCACAGAUGAUGUACUUUUUGACGAUAUUGACAAACAAAUCAAAGAAGUGAAAGACCAGUUAGAAAUCAUCGGGGAAUAA